AUGUCUCGACAAGUCACGCGGGAGAAUCCUCCCGAGGGCCCUCACAGCCCUGAACUCGCACAACACCAAACUCUCAACCUCCAGCUCCUCCGCACAGAGACCCGACAGACUCUAGCAGAGCGUGGCAUCUCAGAAACACCUCCUCCCCUCGAUCCCAACUAUCCCGAGCUCGGCCGUCCCGAGCAGCCCAUCUUCCCCGAAGAAUACACGCUCGAGACAGAGACCGGUCUCGUACCCCAGCAGACCCUCGAGCAGAUCCGAUCGAGAGUCACAACGGUAGCUUCACGGCGGCGGACUCGUGUCAGCACACCCUCAGAGCCGGACCUCGAAAAGCAAGGAGUCGAGGAACCGGUCGAAUUCGUCACCUUCAAAAUCAACGACCCCGACAACCCGCACAACUGGUCGCGGCUUUUUCGGUGGUACAUUACCAUCGCCGCGUCGUCUCUGGUCGUCUGCGUCGCAUUCGGCUCGUCGGUGGUUACGGGUGGCUUGGGACUCAUUGAAGACAGGUACAACGUCUCGCUCGAAGUCGCCAUCUUGACCUGCUCCAUCAUGGUCUGCGGUUUUGCCGUGGGCCCUCUGUUGUGGAGUCCCCUGUCCGAGAUCAUCGGCCGACAACCGGUCUACAUCAUUUCGCUCUUCCUGUACACCAUCUUCAACAUUCCGUGCGCGCUGUCGCCCAACAUCGGCGGUCUGCUGGUCUCACGAUUUUUGUGCGGUGUAUUUUCUAGCUCCGGCCUAUCUCUUGCCGGCGGCACCAUCGCGGAUAUCUGGAACAUCGAAGAGCGAGGUAUGGCCAUCGCCUACUUUGCCGCGGCACCAUACGCAGGUCCUGUCAUUGGUCCCAUCGUGUCAGGCUGGAUCAACAUCGGCACAGGUCGGCUCAACCUGUUGUUCUGGGUCAAUCUGGGCUACGCGGGCUUCAUGCUAGUGGUAAUGGGACUGAUCCCCGAGACAUACGCGCCGGUGAUCCUCAAGCGUCGGGCGGCACGAUUGCGCAAGGAGACAGGCGACCCGAACAUCAUCACGGAGCAGGAGAAGACAAAGCUGACGCUGAGGGAGGUGGUCAAGACAUCGCUGGUGCGGCCGAUCAACAUGAUCCUGACGGAGCCCGUGCUGGACUUGAUGUGCAUGUACAUUGUGCUGAUCUACGCGAUGCUGUACGCCUUCUUCUUCGCAUACCCGGUCAUCUUCGGCGAGCUCUAUGGGUACAACGACGGGGAGAUUGGGCUGAUGUUCAUCCCCAUCAUCAUCGGGGCAGCGUUUGCGCUGGUAGCGACACCACAGUUUGAGAAACAAUUCAAGAAAAUCUGCCAUCUGCGCGACCCGACGGCCGAGGACCGCUUGAUGGGUGCCAUGGUCGGCGCGCCCUUCAUCCCCAUCUCGCUGUUCAUCCUGGGCGCCACCUCGUACCGGGGCAUCAUCUGGGUCGGCCCAGCGUCGAGCGGCAUCGCCUUUGGGUUCGGCAUGGUGCUGUGCUACUACUCGGUCAACAACUACAUCAUCGACUCGUACCAGAAAUACGCCGCCAGCGCGCUGGCCGCCAAGGUGUUUUUGCGGAGCGGCGGCGGCGCGGCCUUCCCGCUCUUCACCACCCAGAUGUACCACCGCCUGGGUCUGCAGUGGGCCAGCUGGCUGCUCGCCUUUAUCGGCGUCGCCAUGGUUCUCAUUCCGUUUUCGUUUUAUUACUUUGGCGCCAAGAUCCGCGCAAAGUUCAACAAGGGAGAAUGA